AUGUACGCCGACGACGCCCUCAAACUCGUCCGCGACGCCAAACGCACCUCCGACUCCCCCACCCUCGCCCCCUACCGCGACGACCUAAUCCGCAACGUCCAGCUCGAAAUGCGCCAACUCGCCUCCCACCUCCGCGAUAUCAUGUCCGCGCGCGAAUCCGCCCCAACCCCGCAACACGCCCAAGGCCUCACCGUCGCCGCAACAAUGCACCACCUAAGUCUCCGCCGCUCGAAACGAUGCUUGCUGGCGUAUACACGACAUCGGUUGGAUCGGAUUACGGAGACGUUGUGGGAUCUGGGUGGGGCCGCGGCUAGCAGCGCUGCGGCCAUGCCCGCUGAUUUAAGACGGAAUCUGAGCCCCGCGGAAAUGGAGUUUGUGAACGGCUACACGGCCCUGGUGAGCAGUUACCGCUCCGGGUUUUUGGACGUGGACAUGGGCGCCGCGCUGGUCCCACCCCGGGAUCUGUUUGUGGAAGUGAGAGUCCUGAAGGAUUGUGGGGAGGUGCAGACCGAGAAUGGGGCGGUGAGGCUGGUGAACAAUAGUCAGCAUUAUUUGAGGAGGACGGAUGUGGAGCCGUUUAUCACGGCGGGGUAUCUGAGGCAUAUUGAGUAG